AGCUAUGGAGACAUCUAGUGAAUCAGAAUCUUAUGACAGGACAAGAGGACACAGGUCUUGGGCACAUGAUGCCCAACACAGACCUGGCCGGAACAGUAGCAGAACCAGUGGGAGUGGGUUUGAUGCUUUCUCAGCAAGCGUGAAUGAAAAGAUGAGCACCCUGACCAACGCUUUGGAGCACACCAGUAAGAAUAUGACCAAAGUAGAACGCAUGAUUGGCCAGCAGAGGGCGCAAGAUCAGACUGAGGCCAUGAUCCUGCUCCAGGCACAGAGGCUGAACACAUCCAGUCAGGCUCGGAGUCCAGCAGCUUCCUCCCUCCAUAACAGCGACUUGGAGGCUUGUUCAGGGUCAGAUGGCCAACGUUUCUACCCUACGUCUCCAUUAAGGGACUACGUGGGCGCUCCAGGAAGGAGGAGGAGGUCUCAGUCAGCUUCUGUUCACUUUAAGGACUCAACCCUGACAGGAGAGGAUAUCCACACGUUACAUCAGUCUCUGAGGGACCUGCGCUGUGACCAGCAAAGACUGUCUGAUGACCUGGACAGAGAAAUCCUCAGGAGAAACAAGUUUGACAUUGACACCAGGCGAGCAAUGGAGAGUCUCACAGAACAUCUGACUGCCUCCCAGAGACCGGACCCCGUGAGUUGUGGCUGUUUGUUUUUACUUUUAUCUCGUGUGGAGCGGCGUCUCCACAAUCUGGAGCAAGACGUGCGCAGUGAGCCGAGGAGCACGGGGAGAGAGUCGAGGCUUGAUCAGCGGGCAGCCAUGUCUGACGAGCUGCAGGAGGUGAGCCUGAUACACCACAUUCAGGAUCAGGAGAGAGAGGAGGCCUUCACUGCUCGGCUACAGAAAUCUGAAAGGGACAAGUCCAAGCUGGAGCUGGAGAGAACGCGAAGACAACUGGAACAGUCAGAGGCGAGCAGAGAGUCCCUCCUUCAUCAGGUGGAGGACAUGCAUGGGGAGCUGCUGAGAACAAGAAAGGAGAAGACAGACUUUCAGAUGUCCUGGCAGGAGACCUCACAGCCAUCUGCACAGACACAUGCCAUCUACGCUGACAGGGAGGACGGCAGAGGUGGACAGCGAGGACCAGACCUGGAGAAGGAAGUGGCAGAGCUGCGAGCUCAGCUGUGCAAGGCCUCAGUCCUCAGUGAAGUCGAAGAGCUAAAGAAGGCUUUGGAUCGUCAGGAGAAGGAGAAGAGCCGGCUCAGCUUACAGGUGGAGGAACUGUUGUCAGAGUUGGCGCGACGUGAACAACAGCACCUACGAUUGUGCGAACAGCUGAAGGAGAUUCAGAGUCGGGAGCAGGCAGAGAAGAGAGAGGCGGAGGCCUUACUACAGGAGAGCACGAGGAGCCGAGAGGAGCUGAAGACCAGGGCCCAGACUGCCGUGCGGCAGUGGCGGGCAAAGUGCAUGAGACAGCAGAAGGAGCUGGAGGAGGCAAAGUCCCACGCUCAGUUCCACAGUGAGAAGGCCGUGCAGGCCACCAGAGAGCAGGAGAGCGCUCGGGCCCAGCUGAAGGUGUUGAGCCAGCAGGCCGAGGCAGCCCGUCGGGAGCUGGCUGAAAUUUUAAGCCGUCUGGCUCAGCGUGAGGAAGAGCUCCAUCGUAAGGACGUGGAGCUCAACAAGACCCGGCAGCGCCAUUUAACGCUGGAGCGACAACUCCAGGAGGUGAAAGAUGCCUCAGCAGCUUUAGAAGAAGAGACCCGGUGUCACGCCAUCCUCCAGGAAAGACUGAAGGAGGAGAACCAAAGGCUGGAGGAGAAAGCAGAAGCUCAACGUCUUCGCUGUCAAAAAGACAAAGACGUCCAGUCUGAGCUCCAGGCCGCCUUGAAGGACAUGACGUCUGCUCACGCCCAGCUUGUCCAGCGUCUAUCCGAGGAGGAGAACUCCAGGAAUGAGUUCCAGAAGAACGUCUCGGAACUACGGACCAAACUGACAGCAGUGCAGGAGGAAAGCGCCUCACUGAGGCAGCAAUUGCAGCUUGAGCGAGAGGUGCAUCAGCAAGAACUGAGCAACAUGAACGUGACGAUGGAGGACAGCAUAGCAAGGAAGGAGCGACAGCUGCAGGAUGUGCUCAAGCUGCGCAGUCAGGAGCGGGAUGAAAUGCAGGCACACCUCAGGGAAGUUGAGGACACUGCGGCCUCAGACAAGGAACUGUGUGGUGUCUUGAGUGUCAAGUUGGACAGGAUGAAGGAUGAGUGUAAUAAGCUGACUCUGCAGCUGAAGACGAAGGAGGAAGCACACGCCCGCCUUCACAGAAAGUACCAGCUCCUCAAACAGGAUGAUAAAACGAGGUUAAGUGAGCGAGAGCUCGUCAAGCUGGAGGAAAAGGUCUUGCAGAUGGAGUCGGAACAAGCGGCGCUCCUCUCCUCCGUGGACGAGGAGCUGGACUCAGCCUGUCGCAGUUUGGACCGGAACAGUGAACACAAACUGCAGACCGCCUCCCAGAACCCAGGACUGGUGAAAGACCCUCGCUGCUGGCUAGCGGAGACGAAGACGAAGUUGCGCUGGCUGUGUGAGGAGGUGCGGGAGCGUGAAUUGAAGGAACGGCGCUUUCAGAAGCAGAACCAGCAGACCAGAGAUCAAUUGAAGGCCAUCCAGCAGAGCUGGGAUUCAGAGCAGACUGCUCUGCUGCAGAGGCUGCACCAACAGGAGAAGCAGAUGCACUCCUUCUACACUGAGAACAAAGAGCUACUUGAGAAGAUUCACAGGAAAGAAGAGGAUAUGAGACAUCUUCAGGAUCGUGUCUUGGAUAUAGAGAAGAACACAAGAAUAGCCUUGGAGCAUAUGGAUUCACUCCCAGAAAGAAAGUGCCUGAUGGACAACUUCAAAGACCUCCAGGAGUCACAGCGGCAGAGGGACGUGGUUCAUGAGCGCUACAGUAAAUACAAAGAGAUCGUGUGGGACCUGCAGCACCAGCUGGAUGAGUCCAAACGCAAAAUCCAAGAAUGCAGAGAAGAGAAACUUGAUGCCACUUCGAGGAGCCUCAGACUGGCUGCUCUCUCAUCAUCUAUUAAAGAGCCCAGUACGAUGAUCAGUGGAUCAGACUUAUUAUCAGCUUCAGAAACCUGUUGAUGUGCUUGUACGUUUUUGGAUUCUUCUGUGUCGAGAUGGAUAAAUGUUUUCUCUGCUGUGCAGAGUUGAGUAAAUCAACACAUUCUACAGUGUCUUUUUGACACAAUCUGCAGAACGUGGAUAUGACAUGUAUCACAGUCCAUUUGGACCCAGACUGAACCAACAUCAGACAAAACAGUGGGUU